GCCAGCAAUUUGCUCUCAAUCAUAUCCCUUAGCAAAGAUUAUAUUGUGAGCAAAUAUAUCUACAAUGGAGUUGUAUCACCAAUAUUACUUCUUCACACUUUUUUCUAUUGUUUUUGUAGUAAGUCAUGCAGCAAAUUUAUCUCCUGAGGUGUAUUGGAAAGUCAAAUUGCCCAAUACUCCCAUGCCUACGCCUAUCAAGGAUUGCCUAUACAUUUCUGAGAAAACUACAUCUAAUGGAGAUGGAAGCACCAAAGUGCGCCAACCCUAUGGAGUGUCUAUAUGGUAUAAGGCUGCCUCCGAGAACGAGCUUCACAAAGUACGACAACCAUGGGGAGUGGGUUCAUGGUAUAAGGCUGCAUCAGAGAACGAGCUUCACAAAGUACGCCAACCAUAUGGAGUGUUUUCAUGGUAUAAGGCUGCCUCCGAGAACGAGCUUGACAAAGUACGCCAACCAUAUGGAGUGUUUUCAUGGUAUAAGCCUGCCUCCGAGAACGAGCUUCACAAAGUACGCCAACCAUAUGGAGUGGGUAUAUGGUAUAAGCCUGCCUCCGAGAACGAGCUUCACAAAGUACGCCAACCAUAUGGAGUGGGUAUAUGGUAUAAGGCUGCCUCCGAGAACGAGCUUCACAAAGUACGACAACCCUUUGGAGUGGGUAUAUGGUAUAAGGCUGCCUCCGAGAACGAGCUUCACAAAGUACGACAGCCAUAUGGAGUGUUUUCAUGGUACAAUGGCGCUAAUAAGAAAGAUCUUAAUGAAAAUCACCAAGUCACCCCAUACUUCUUUGAAACAGAUUUACAUCAAGGGAAAAAAAUGAAUCUUCAAUCUCUCAAAAACUAUAAUCCAGCUCCCAUUUUGCCUCGCAAAGUUGUAGAUUCCAUCCCUUUCUCAUCGGACAAAAUUGAGGAAAUUCUUAAUAACUUUUCCGUUGAUAAGGACUCAGAACGUGCAAAAGUGAUCAAGAAAACAAUCAAAAUGUGUGAAGACCCCGCGGGUAACGGAGAGGUAAAACAUUGUGCCACUUCUUUGGAAUCUAUGGUUGAAUUCACCUUAUCUCACCUGGGAACAAACAAUAUUAUAGCAAUUUCCACUGAGGUAGAGAAGGAAACUCCAGAGGUGCAAACAUAUACCAUCGAAAAAGUGGAAGAGAAAGCAAACGGAAAAGGUGUUGUAUGCCAUAAAGUGGCUUAUCCAUAUGCAGUACACUUUUGCCAUGAUGUAGGAAGCACUAGGACUUUUAUGGUCUCUAUGGUGGGUGCUGAUGGAACAAAAGUUAAUGCAGUAUCAGUCUGCCAUGAGGAUACUGCAUCCAUGAACCCUAAGGCAUUGCCUUUUCAGUUGCUCAACGUUAAGCCUGGAGAUAAGCCUAUUUGCCAUUUCAUUUUGGACGAUCAAAUUGCCUUGUUUCCUUCUCAAAACGCAGUUCUUCAAGUGGCUGAAAACUAACAAGGAGAAAGUUCAGUCAUUACCUGCUCCUUUGUUGUAAUAGUCCCAACUCUUCGUCUAAUAAUGUAUCUCCCUGAUGUAAAUACCGUUUAUGGCAAUGUUUUGUGUAAUAAUGCUUGCCCAGAUGCAAGUACUGUUUUAACUGUGUUAAUCACGGUUCAUCAUGCAUGAUGUUUGCAUGUGGUGAUGAAAAUGUAUGGUUUGUAUUUCAAAUAUGGUUGCAAUAUUCCUCAACACAGAAUCAAGGGACUAUUUAGAGUGAA